GUUCUGUGACAUAACAUAACCUAAGAUUUCUGUCAUUUGUGAAUUUAUGUUUUCUCAGGAGUUUUUUUAUAAUUUUAAGCCAAGAAAAUGUUUCUGAGAAAUUCAGAAAACAAGAUACUAAAAUUAGGAAUAAACGUUGUUGUUAAUAAAGGAAAAAAAAAUUUCUCUAGAGAGAUUCAUGAUAGAGCCCCACCAAAUGGGGUCAAUGUGCAAAGAAUCCAAUCUGUAGAUUUUGUGAGAAUGGCAUUGGAAAAUGUAAAAAUUGAAAAACUCGAUGAUUGGGAAAAAUUAAAACAGUCCAUACUAAAUCAUGAACUAAACAGAAUGCCAAAUCUAGUUAAUCAUUAUAAUGUGGAUGCUAGGAUUAUGGGUACAAUAUCAAUCCUUCAAAGAUUAGAUUUAUCCAGAAGUUAUUUAAAAUAUCUUGAAUCACAGAAUAUUCGGCCAAAUCUGGCAACUUUAGGAAAAUAUUUAAAAUUUUUAUAUGAAAGUAUAAAGCAGAAGGCGAGUAAAUCAGAAGAAACAGAAAUAUUGAGCAUAUGUGAUAAUUUGAGAAAAACUUAUCCUGUGCUGGAUUCAAUAUCCUUGGAGAGUAUAGUUCUGGCUUUAUCAGUAACCAGUCGCUGGAAAGAAUGUAUCGAUAUUAUGACAGAGAUCAAAAAAACAACUAGAAUUUCGACCCCUGUGUAUACCGCUGUAGCUUCGGCAGCUUUUUUAAAUAAAGAAAACGAACUGGCCUGGGAGAUAAUUAAUGACGCCUUAAGUGAAAAUAAACUACCUCAAAGUGGGGCAUAUAUAUCCUUUUUGAAAAGAGUCAAAUUACUAAGGAAGCAGGAAAAUAUCCAUAAACAGUUGGAAACAAUGUUUAAAUUUCUUGGAGAUUCCGCAGUCAAUUGCCAGGAAGAAGUUGUUGAUCAUCUUAUCGGCAACUUCCAUAUAGGCAGCAAGACAAAAGUUACAUUUUCAGGUAAAUGCCAAGCGUGUGGAUCUAGUUUGGACAGGCUGGAAUUAACGGAUGAAGAGUUUGUCAAUUUAAAAACGGCAUUUUUCAAUAACGUACUUAUAGGCAAAGAUAUCUUUGUGAAAACAAAUCCGGACGAAAUGAAGAAAUUCCAGGAGUUUGCCGCUAAGAUGACAAAAUAUGAUGUUGUAUUGGACGGACUGAACAUUGCUUAUUCGACUGGACUAAAUAAAGGUUCCCAAGUUUUUUCCAAUAUCCUAUGUUCAGUUAUUUCCCAUUUUGCAAACCAAAACAAAUCGAUCCUUAUGUUGGGCCGAGUUCAUAUGACCAAUUGGCCUAGAAAUAAUUGGAAUUAUAUCAAAGAAAAUGCUGACAUAUUUUUAACGCAAAACAUCUCGGAGGAUGAUCCAUAUUUACUAUAUUGUGCCCUGAAUUCUGGCAAAGACACAAUAAUUGUUACCAGGGAUCUUAUGAGAAGCCACACAUUUUUAUUAAAAGAAAGAAAAUAUAAAAUAAUGUUUAAGAAAUGGUUGGAUCAGAGGCAGUGGUUUUUGUUAACCUGUAACAAUCAACGAACACCAAUAUUUAGGAAACCACCCCAUUUUACCCAAGUGGCACAAAAGAAUGGCGAGUUUUGGCACGUACCAUAUGAUCCCAAGGAUGAGGGUAAAAACAAUAAAUAUCAUCGAACUUGGUGUUGUGUCAAUAUGGCGGGAUCCUAGAAGAUUUUUCUUUUUUUAAUAGUACAUUAAGGCACAAUAAUUGCAAUAUUUAUUUAUGCGCCUUAGUAAUUAAAGAAAUGUAUUUUGGAUGCAUUAAGCAGUGUAUUCAUUAAAAUUACCACUUUUUUAAAUUAAA